AUGCCCUUGCCUACACCUGCACCAUGCGACCCCCCACAGAUGAUGGAUUCAAAUUCGCUUAUUCUGAAUCAAAGCCUUCCUUUCUCAUCUGGCCAGAAUAGUAUUGUAUCACAGCAAAUACAACAACCUUCAUUCCAUAGUAGCAAACUACAACAGAAACAUGUAACACAAAACAGGCAACCUCUAUACCAUCAGACAAUAUUGCAGCCUACAACAACACAACAAUGCACAACAAAUUGUUUCUCUUCUGUACAGUACAUUCAAACAUUGCAAGCCUUCCGCCAUCGCAUUGAUUUGUUGUCCAUGCUUCAAACAUGUAGUAUUUGUAAGGAAAGAUAUAUUGGAAUGCUGCUACGCGGGAACCAACAACAUAUUAUUUGUUCAAGAUGCUUUUCUGAAAAUGGUGUUCAUCGUUUCUCCUUGGCAAAUAACUUAGACCCAGGCAAGCAACCUGUUGUGUUAAAAAAACUUACCCAAGUAGAAGAGAUGCUUAUAGCUAGGGUUGCUCCUGUUUUGCAAGUCAGACAUGGAAAAGGUGGCCAAUACAAAUAUUCAGGUCACACAAUAAGUUUUCCCCAAGAUAUUUCAGAAAUUGCAAAGCUUUUGCCACGAAGACUAAAAGACCUUGAAGUUCUUAUUGUCCACCGAAACUUUGAUGCUGUCAACCUACUUCCUAAUAGUACAACAGAUAUAUCAAAUAUGCUACGCUCUUUAGAAGAACAUACUGAUGUAACAGGUAUUCCACCAACAGAAGACCUUCUGGACAAUUGCAAUGAAUAUGAUGCAAAUAUUUCAUCGUCUUUUAUUCCAAAACUGCCUACUCCACCCCGCGAACUAGAUACAGUUAAGAGAACCUUACAGUUAGAUGCUAAUACUAAUAAUAAUAUGCCUUGGCCUGAAAUAAACUUGUCUCCGAUAAAUGAAUAUAAUACAAUAGGCUUGUUAAGCAUGGCAUUCCCAACCCUUUUCCCAUCUGGAGUUGCACUUCCACUACAGCCAUGUAUCAAGCAUGUUCAUUUACAUGAAUAUGCUCUCCACUUACUUAGAUAUGUUGAUCAAAGAUUUGGGCAGCAUGUUAGAUUCCGGUAUUAUAUUUACAAUCUAAUUAUGAGACAUCGUUCGCAACAAUCUGCAGCUAUCUUCAUUAGAACUAAUUUGGGAGAGUCUAUCCCAACCACUAUCGAAGCACUCCAUGGACGAUUGCAAAACACUCCUGAUGAUCAGCUGCCUAACCAAUUGUUGCGUUUUGGUGCAACACUUCGAGGCACCCGUGCAUAUUGGCGUAAAUCUAGAAAAGAGCUUACAGCAAUGAUUUUCCAAUUGGGGCCCCCAACACUGUUCUUUACGUUAAGUUCAGCUGAUACCAAAUGGCCUGAUUUGCAUAGGCUUUUCUCUGAAAAUGAUGGCCAAACCACACAGUUUACAAGAAAACAACUUACAAACCAUGUGAUCUGCAAUCCACAUAUAACAGCAUUAUACCUUCACAACAGAUUUACAAUAUUUCGUGAAGAAGUUAUUCAAAAGUUGUUCCAAGCAAAGGAUCAUUGGUAUAGGUAUGAAUGGCAACAUCGAGGCUCAGGCCAUAUUCAUGGCUUCUUAUGGCUCCCUGGAGCACCAAAUAUGGAGACCAUUAAUUGGACAGAUGAUAAUGAGGUGCAAAUGGAAAAAACUUUCUUCGACCAAUAUGUUUCUGCUUGGAAUCCUCACAUUGCAGCAGACCGCAUGAAUACAAUGCACUACACUGCAAUGGAUGACCCUUGCCUAGCUGAUACAAAAAAAAUCUUCACCAUGGAUGCUACAUUGGAUUAUGAAGCAUUGCUUAAUACUUUACAGAGACACACAAAAUGUACAGAACAUACAUGCCUCAAGAAAAAAGGUCCCACAUUUGAAUGUCGUUACAAAGCUCCAUGGGUUCAACAAGAGAUGUCUACAUUGACAGUUGACAAUGACAACAACCCAUGCUAUAAACCUACAAGGAAUGAUGAUCAUUUGAAUAUUCAUAAUCCUUGGAUGCUUUCACUAUGGAGAGCUAAUAUUGAUUGUCAACCAGUCAUUUCAAAAAAAGUUGUCCUCCAAUACAUUUCAAAGUAUGCUUCAAAAUCAGAAAACAAAUCGCAAUCCUAUAUUGAAAUGCUGAAAACAAUACUAAAUACAAGUAAAUCUGAAGAUAGCAUUUUAUUAACAUAUCAGAAAUUUAUGAUGGGCAUAGUAGUAGACCGUGAUAUCAGUGCACAAGAAACUUGCCAUAUGUUACAGAAAUUGCCUCUUCUAAGUUGUAGUCGACAAUUUGUCUCUCUAAAUGUUGGCAGAAAAAUACUGCACCGUGUCAUAAAAUCAGAUAAUGGAGCUAACCUUUCCACAACUUAUAUCCAUGCUUAUAUGCAGCGCCCUUUUGAAUUAAAUGCAACAAAUUUGCUACAAUCAGCACAAGGGUUUUCAUAUAAUUCUCAACGCAAAAAAACAAAAUGGCACAUCAAGGAUAAAAAAGCAAUUGUGACUGUAUAUCCUCAGUUUACAGAGCCUCCAGAUGAAGAUACCAAUCAGUUUGAUAUUUUUUGUUUGUCUGAAUUGCUGCUAUACAAAUCGUUCCGUGACAUCCCAACUGAAAUAGGAGCUUCAAAGGAACAAAUUAUAAAAAAUUGGAAAAACUUUAAAAAGACAAAUUACAACCGUUUGGGAAAUCAACAGAUUAUAGAUGAUUGCAGCCUUCCAAACGAAGAUGACAGUGACAAUAAUGGUUCCCAACAUCAAGAUGAUACAAAUCUGUAUGAGUGGGAGCAGCUCUCACAAAUGGGAGCUACAAAUAACUUUGUCCAGAAUGAUCUGCAAAUGCUAGGCCGUCGUGAUUACGAUAUUAGCCACUUUUGGGGAGCAACUGUUGUGGUUGAUCAACUAGACUCCACUGCCCUUCAGUUCAUAGCUACAAGCAAGCUGAAAUCCCAACACACUAGCAUGCAAAUCUCCAGCCAAGACACAAAAAAAAACCAGCUAUCACCUCAGCAAAAAGUUGCACUCAACAUUAUUCUACAACAUCAUAAUAAUCAAUCUGCAACAACACCUUUACGAAUGAUUGUUCAAGGCACUGCUGGCAAUGGUAAAUCAUUUUUAAUAGAUUGUAUUAGAAAAGAAUUAAACAUAUCUCCACCUAUGACAGCAAACCCAUUGCUUGUUUUAGCACCAACAGGAGUUGCUGCAUUUAAUAUACAAGCGACAACAAUCCAUGCAGGGUUGCGCAUACCUAUAAGAGAAAUGCAUCCUUUGACAGGGCAGUCAUUAAUGACAUUGCAAGAGCAAUUGAAACAUAUCAAAUAUAUUCUGAUAGACGAAAUGAGCUUUUUGGGCCCGAAACUACUACUUAAGAUAGAUAACCGUUUACGCCAAGCAUUCCCUAACAAACAACAUGACAACUUUGGUGGCGUGUCCAUGAUUCUUGUUGGUGAUCUUGCUCAGCUUCCCCCUAUAAUGGAUAAACCUAUAUAUGCUUCGCACUCUACAGCCCUCAGUUUAUGGCAUUCUUUUACUAUUGUCAUAACAUUGGACACUAUUUUCCGCCAGCAAGGUGCAUCUAUAAGACAACAACAAUUCAGAGCACUUCUUCACAACUUAAGAAACGCUCAAGCACUCCAACAUGAUUGGCAGUUUCUGAUGUGCCAGACAAAUGCAACAUUAACUAUUCAACAAAAGAAAGAUUUCGACUCUUCGAUCCACCUAUUUGCAACAAAUGAAUCUGCACGCUUGCAUAACAGGAAAAUGCUCAAAGAAUUAAAUUUGCCUGUCGCUCUAAGUUUAGCUAAAAUUUCUAAGCAAACAAAUACUGAAUAUGACACCAAUGAACAGCUACCAUUGGAAGUAUUACUUUCUAUUGAUCAGCAAGUGAUGUUAAUAGCUAACUUAUGGAUCAAAGUUGGCCUUGUUAAUGGCGCUAUUGGUCUCAUAAAACAAAUUGUAUAUGAAAACAAUACAAAACCACCAGACUUGCCAAAAUAUGUGGUUGUCCAAUUCAACGAUUAUAAUGGACCUCCAUGGGAUAUAGCACAUCCAAAAGACAUACCCAUUUUGCCAAUAAUGUGA